AUGACCACUCGUUCAAUUCGAGUAAACCCUCGCCACCGGAACGUCAAAUCAGUCUAUCGCACCCACAUCGACACAAUUCACUUCGACAAAAAGUCUGACGAGUUGCUCAAGCGCGACGAAGAAGGAUCUGCUCUUGACAUCUCUCCGCAAAGAAUCGAGGAAAUCGUCGCUCUCGGAGAACGAAUGGACAUAUACGAUACUCUUGCGAAUUCCAUCGCUCCUUCAAUUUUCGGAAAUGAAGAUAUUAAAAAGGGAAUUCUCUUGCAGCUAGUUGGAGCUUGCGAAAAGAAUUUGACAGAAGCUGGUCGAGGAAAAGUACGAUCGGAAAUUCAUGUCCUUCUUUGUGGUGAUCCUGGUACUUCGAAAUCUCAGCUUCUCAGCGCUGUGAAUAGAUUGGUGCCUAGAGGACAGUAUACUUCCGGAAAAGGAUCAUCAGCUGUUGGUUUGACGGCUUAUGUUACGAAAGAUGUUGAUACGAGACAGCUUGUCCUUCAGGGAAGGGAUAAUUCGCAACCUGGAGCCCUUGUUCUUUCCGACAACGGUAUCUGCUGCAUUGACGAGUUCGACAAGAUGACCGAGUCCACUCGCUCCGUCCUCCACGAAGUAAUGGAAUCCUGCACCUUAUCCGUCGCCAAAGCAGGCAUCAUCUGUCGCCUCAACGCUCGUACAUCUGUCCUAGCCGCUGCCAAUCCCGUCGAAUCUGCCUGGAACGCAAACAAAACAAUCGUCGAAAACAUCCAAUUGCCGCACACGCUCAUGUCGCGUUUCGAUCUUAUCUUUUUGGUGCUUGAUCCAAAGGACGAAGCUUACGACCGAAAACUCGCCGCUCAUUUGGUCUCACUGUAUCACACAGACAGAGAAGAUGUGAUGAACGAUGAUCAACAACAUCUCGACCAAAAGUUGCUCAGAGAUUACCUCGGCUACGCCCGAGCCAUGGUCAAACCAGUGCUGAAUGUAGAGGCAAAAACAGAGCUUGUCAAUUCUUACAUCAAAAUGCGACAAGUGGGAGCGAACAGAGGCGCGAUUUGCGCUUACCCGCGUCAGCUAGAAUCGCUCAUUCGACUUUCCGAGGCUCAUGCGAAGGUUCGUCUUUCGGAUGUCGUCGACAAAAUGGACGUAGAAGAAGCUGUUCGGCUCUACCGAGAGGCGCUGAAGCAGUCGAUCAUGGAUCCAAAAACUGGAGCAAUCGAUAUCUCCAUUUUGACCACUGGAAUAUCCGCUCACGCGCGUGCCCAACAAGCAGAGCACAAGAACGCGCUCAAGAUUGUGAUCGAAAGAGAGGUUCAAGGACAGACUAUCAAGGCAAUCGAGCUUCUUAGCAUUUGGAGACGAUUUACUGAUGAAGCAAUUACGACUCAACAGUUUGAUCUUGCUGUUCAGGCCUGGUUCAAAAUCAUUGUUGCUUUUCCAGCUUAUCAAAGUUCUGCUAGCGGACUUUACUGUAGCUGA